AUGCUUGCUGAAAAAAUAGAUACCGAGGAUCAAGAGUAUCGAGGUGAUCAAGAUGCAUCAAUUCGUUGCUUUCUUAACUUAUUAACCUCAAAAACAUAUCAACUACAGUUGCCAGAAGCGUGUGGCAGGAAGUGCACAGGAGCACAUUACGGAUGGUUGUGGACAAUUGGCAUUGAUUUGCAAAUCAAUUUAUUGCACCCCUUCUCUAGACAACAAAUUUGCCUACCACCCAUGUUGACCUUCCCUGAUCAGUAUGAAUAUGAUGAGACAUUCAAGCCACAAGAGGUUUGGGAUUUUUUUGUUAGGAAAAUAGCAAUGUCCUCAAAUCCUCGGAAGGGCAAUAGUUUGCAUGAUUAUAAUGAGGAUUGUACUAUAGUUGCUAUUUAUGGAGAAUUUGCUAUAUUGGCAUUUACAAAAUUAGGAGAUACUGUUUGGAACAAUAUCUCGGUCCAUUCUCGCGUUUAUCAAGAUGUUAUUUUCUAUAAUGGCAAAUUUUAUGCCGUAGAUUGUCAUGGAGUUGUAGUUGUUUGUGACUUUGAUGAUGCUAAUGGCCCAAAAGCAACAGUUAUUGCUCCUGCUCCAAUUGAAACUAGAGAUACGUAUCAGAAGUAUCUAGUUGAAUUAUCAGGACAUCUUCUACUUGUUUCUCGUUUUCGAAAGGGUUAUUUAUUUGGUGAUGAUGAUGAUGAGGAGGAUGAGAGUGAUGAGGAGGAGGAUGAGAGUGAUGAUGAGGAGGAUGACAAGAGUGAUGUGGAUGGUAAUGAUAAUGCUGAUGAGGUGGAAGAUGUUAAAGACAGUGACAACGAAGAGAAGAAGAAAGCUAGAUACUAUACAACUGGAUUUUCUGUUUUGAGGCUAGAUGAAUGUCAUGAGGAGGGAAGUAAUUAUGCAUAUAGAUUAACUGAAGUAACUAGUUUAGGAGAUCAAGCAUUGUUCUUAGGUAGAAAUGUUUCUAUAUCAAUUGCCUCGUCAGAAUGCAUCAAACCAAAUUGCAUAUACUUUACUGAUGAUAAUUUUGAGCUCUAUCUCAAUGAACCAGGCGGAGGUGGCCAUGACACGGGAAUAUUUAACAUGGAAGACGGAAGUGUUCAUUUAAAUUAUGCAGGAGAAUCUCGUAGUAAUAUUUCACCUCCAUUAUGGUACAUUUGA